AUGUUGGAACCGAUUCGUCAUAUUCUGCAACGACAACGAGUGGUGUUGGCGUCGGCUUCUGAACGCCGGCAACGGCUGCUGUCGUCGAUUGGAGUGGAGUUUGAGUCCAUUUCCUCCAACUUCUUGGAAAACCUGCCGAAAGAGUCGUUCAGUCAUCCGAUUGAAUACGUGAAGGAAAACGCCAAACAAAAGGCUAUCGAUGUGUGGCGACAGUUGGCCGGCAAUGGCGGACACCGACCCGACCUCAUCAUCGGUUGCGAUACUGUUGUCACUCUCGACGACGACAUCUAUGAGAAGCCCAAAGACACGGAAGACGCCAUCCGUAUCCUCUCACGACUCUCGGCACACAAACACGUGGUCUAUACGGGCGUUGCACUCGUCACUCACGGCACCAAUCAGUCGUCCUCCUCGUCGGUGGCCGACACUGUGUGCGCCUCCGCCUCAUCGCACGCCUCGUCCGGCGACAGCGACGACGGCCCGGAAGACUAUGUGGUGACCACUUUCCACGAGGGAACCGAUGUCUAUAUGACUGAAUUGAGUGAUCAAAUGAUUAAGUCAUACGUGAGUACGGGUGAGCCGAUGGACAAAGCGGGCGCGUAUGGCAUACAAGGCAUUGGCGCCACUCUUGUUGAGUCGAUUCGCGGCGAUUACUUCAAUGUUGUGGGCCUUCCUCUGCAUCGGCUCUCCAAAGAACUCUAUCACAUGUAUGUCGAGUGA